CAUCUGCCACGGCGGUGGCUCCCAUGAGGCAGCGCGCGCAAAAGUCUUCUUGGAAUGACGCGUACGCAAGGUCGCCCCAUUCCAGCUCGCCAGCCUUUGAGAGUUGAGCGUUCCUGUGAGACGCAUCGCGCACCCCACGGCCCUUAUCGAGACGUCGGCGUCGAUGAUAACCGGCGCCUCGGCGCUGCUACCGCCUCGCGAGGGAGGAUUUCCUUGGGCUACCUGGUUGUUGCAGCCGACCGCAUCAAGCACUUACGUAACAAUAGGUCUCGCCACGUCGACAGCAAGACUCCGCAGUAACGGGACCUUUGUGGGGCCGCUCUACAACGUGCAGAGAGUGGUGGGCUGUAAUGACGGUAACGGCGACUCCGGUGGGCAGUCGACAUUCUCUGAAAGGAAGGGGUCCACGAUACACGUGGGUCGUCACCAUGACAGCGCUGUAGAAAAGCACUAUGGGACUACCGGAAUUCGCCACGAGAGGAGAGCCAGGCCUGCAAUAUGUCCUUGUGGGCCGCUCUACAACGUGCAUGGAAAUCCACGCUGCGGCGACGGCGCAGACACCGGCUGGCAGUUUUUGAAGAGGACCUUUAAUGGACUACUCGACUGUCUUGAGGAAAGUCACCAACCCUCACCGACGUUACGUUCUGAGCUCGGGAGCAAGGCUGGACAUUGUGAUCUAAGCUGGGCCACUCCACAACGUGCGGAAGAGGUCGUGACCACAGUCCCUCAAAGACGGGAUAUUCUCAGCAAUGGAAGUAGUAAGCUUGAGCCUGUCAUGCGACGUUCGUGGAGGCCCUCCGGCCAACUGACCACUUACACCAGUCUUUGUCUGUGCAUUUGGGUGAGUUGA